AGCCGUCAAUUCUGCGUUCGUAGCGUUCGCCUCGCGAGGUUUUCAUGAAUCAGUGGUCAGGGCUAAAGCCGAGCAGCAUCAGCUGCAUUUACCGACGAGAGGAUGACAUCUCCUGUGCAGUGAUGAAGAUUUGAUCACGUACUGGCGCUGUGCUUAGCUCUGAAAGGAAGCUCGGCCACCUUCCUGAAAGGGGACGAGCAUGCAGCGCUGUCCGAAUGGAGGGUGCCGCAAGGAAAUAUCAGAAACGGAACUCAAGCCGCACCUGGAAAGAUGCGCCUAUCGAACAACUCCCUGCAACCUGUGCAACGCGGAUAUCGUUUUGACCAAUUUCAUAGAGCACUGCACCACCGCUUGUCCCAAGAGAAGCGUAAUAUGUAUGAUCUGCUCGGCUGCCAUCUUCGCAGAGGAAACAAAGGAACACUCCAAGACCUGCCGCGUUAAAGGCGAUGAAGAAAAAUCUGUCAUUCCAAAGAGCAAAGGAGCCUCGAAGAAAAAGUCGAAAAGUGACAGCAUGACUUCGGACUCUGAACUCAAAGAACUGCGGAGACUACUGAACGCUGCAAUGAGAGAAAUAGCCGAACUAAAGCUUUCUCAGAGCAUUCAGGAGCGGAAGACGGCGGCGCUACUGCGUCGAACUGGAGCGUCGUUCAUCUGGUGCUUGGAGUCGUACCGGCGACUUCGCCGGCAUGCGAUCUCGCGCCGCGAUGACUGUCUCAGCGAGCCCAUCUUCUUCGGCCUGGCUGGCUGCAAGUUUAGGCUGCAGGUUAAUUUGUACGGCGUCGGUGGCGGGGCCGGAACCCAUAUGGCUUUCUUCGUCCAGUUCAAGGUUGUCGACCUGGCCAGGAUGGACAGCUGCUGUGUCAAGAAAACUAGGUGUUUGAUCCGAGUGGCGUCCCAGCGAGAGGGCGUCGACCACGUCGACCACACGUUCGAGUUCUGCGUCUCGGGCCAGGACCGGCGGCGCUCCACGAGUCGUCCGCUGCACAUGUGGAACACUCUGUUCGGCCGAGAGAAGUUCAUCCUCUUCGAAGAGCUCGAAGACCAGCGUGUUGGAUACGUGGUCGACGACAUGCUGAUUCUGGAAUUUCAUGUUAUAGAUUGAUGUAUACGAAA